UAUUAUUAUAAUUAUUUCCUGUUCUUCUAAAAUCGAAAUUAUAAUAAUUUGCUAACUCAUUGCUAUAAUAUUAUAUUCAUUGCUACCACAUUUAGUUACUAGGAAAUAGGUUACUGUAGUUCUCCUAAUACCUUUAAUUCAAUAGUACCAAGUUUGUUAACAUAAUAUUACAGUCAUUCCUACUAGGUACUUUAUCGUUCAAAAUCUAAUCGCAAAAAUAUGUCAAACGAUGUGGAGGAUAUCGAUGGCAAUAACAUUCUCGCACAAGCAUUGAAACAUCAAGAUGUCGAAUAUGUUUUUGGCAUUGUUGGUAUUCCAGUCAUUGAAUUCAGCAUGGCCCUGCAACAAGUCGGUAUUAAAUACAUUGGAAUGCGCAAUGAACAAUCGGCAGUAUACGCAGCCCAAGCAAUUGGUUAUCUUACGCGUACACCAGGUGUAUGUCUAGUGGUGUCCGGCCCCGGAUUGCUCCAUGUCACUGCCGGAAUGGCCAAUGCACAAAUCAACUGUUGGCCUCUAUUGGUUAUUGGCGGCUCUUGUGCAGAAGAUCAUGAAGGAAUCGGUGGAUUUCAAGAAUGUAACCAAGUUGAACUCAGCAGACCUUAUUGCAAAUACAGUGCAAGGCCUCCAAAUGCUGCUCUUAUACCUGUUCAUGUUGAAAAAGCAAUACGUUAUGCUACUUACGGUAGACCAGGUGCUGCAUAUUUAGAUUUUCCUGCCAAUCUAUUAUCAGCCCGAAUUCCUGUAGAUAGAGUUGUGAACAAACCAAUAAUCUCACAACCUCCAGUCAUUUUCCCUGAUAUUCGAAAUAUUGAAUCUGCCGCUGAAAUGUUAAUAAAUGCCAAACAACCUCUAGUUAUUGUAGGCAAAGGUGCUGCCUAUGGACGUGCAGAAUAUACUAUAAGAAAUUUCAUUGGAGAAUUCGGCUUACCGUUUUUAGCCACACCAAUGGGUAAAGGUGUAGUGCCAGAUGAACAUUCUUUAAGUGUAGCAUCUGCACGUACUUAUGCCUUGCUAAAUGCUGAUGUUAUACUGUUACUUGGUGCACGAUUAAAUUGGAUACUACAUUUUGGUAAACCACCAAGAUUCAAUGCUAAUGUAAAGUUCAUACAGAUAGAUAUAAGUGCAGAAGAGUUACAUAAUAGCCAACAAGCUAGUGUAGCAAUUCAAGCAGAUAUGCAUGCUGCAGUUAAUGUUUUAAAUGUUUAUUUAUCUAAGAAAAAAUGGCGUAAUAUAAGAAGCGAAUGGUUGGAUAAACUUAAAGAAAAGUGUUUAUCAAAUAAAAAAUAUGUAGAGUCAAUGAUGAAAGAUACAUCCAUACCAUUAAACUAUUAUACAGUUUUUCGACAUGUGUCUGAUAAUAUUCCAAAAGAUUGUAUGAUUGUAAGCGAAGGAGCAAAUACAAUGGACAUUGGUAGAGCUGUAUUAUUAAACAAUUUACCUAGACAUAGACUUGAUGCUGGAACAUUUGGUACCAUGGGAGUAGGAUUAGGAUUUGCUAUUGCCGCAGCUUUAUGGUGUCAAAAAUAUGAACCUGGAAAACGAGUCUUGUGUGUUGAAGGUGAUUCAGCGUUUGGAUUUUCAGGAAUGGAAGUGGAAACGAUGGUCAGGUAUAAAUUACCAAUUGUCAUCAUCGUUGUUAAUAAUAAUGGCAUAUAUGGAGGUGUUGAUGAGUCCACUUGGUCUUUGGUGCAAGAUUCUGAAAACUUGACUGAAGUUAUUCCUCCUAAUUGCUUAUCCGUGAACAUUCAUUAUGAAAAUAUGUUGACUCUAUUUGGUCGCAAAGGAUAUUUUUGCACAACUGUUGAACAAGUUUCUAAUGCAGUUAGAAAUGCUUUUAUGGAUACAAGUGGACCUUCAUUUGUUAAUAUAAUGAUUAAUCCAUCUGCUGAUCGCAAGCCACAAAAUUUUGCCUGGCUGACGGAAUCAAAAUUGUAAUAAGUGUUAAAAAAAUAUAGCCGUUAUUGCCAUACACUAAAUUAUCAACAUAUUUGCCAGUGUAAAGGAUCUCUUUUUUUUCUGAAAGUGGUUGCAUUGUAAAUUUAUCAAACAAUCCAACUAUUUGCUCAAAAUUGAUAAAAAAUAAAAAUAAAAUACUUCUACACGGUGAAAGAUAAUAAUAAUACAAGAUAUUUUGUUGGAUCUAGAACAUUUUAAAUGUUAAUUUGUUAAUAAUUGUGUUUUAGUGGUUAUUGUGUAAUAGUUUUUAAUGUAUGGGUGUAUUUUGUGAUUCGUUAUUUUUUUAUAUUAUAAUAUAUAUUUUGAGUUUGUACCUUUACAUUUUUUUUUAAAAUAUAACUGUUAAGAAUAUUAA